UCUGUGAUUCUGUGAUGAGAUGGAGGACAGUACUUGCUGGGAGAAGUCGUGGCAGUUAGACACAAGUUGGAUCUAGAGUUGGCACAGUUCUUGCAACCAGCUACUUCCAAGAAUCCUCGAGAGUCUACACAGCAUAAAAGAAGAAAGCUGGGAAAAUGCUUAUUCCUCAUUAUUCUUCCCUUGCUGACUCUUUCCUUAGGGUUCAGGUCUGAAAGGCAACCUUGGGGAUCCAAGCAGUCCAAGAGUGCAGCCGGCUCUUUCCAAGAGCAGGGAAUUCCUUUGGAGAGGAACUUGCUCUAAGAAGUUCUCCAUGCCUCAGAAAGGAGUCGACUGCUACUUCUAUUUCUACUCUGUCUGCUUUAAGGGAGACAGCUGUCCCUUCCGCCACUGUGAAGCGGCGCUGGGGAGUGAACAAGUCUGCAGACUGUGGAUGGAGGGUUGCUGUUCCAGCAGCGACUGCAGGUUCAGACACAUGAAAAUUGAUAAGAAGCGCAGUGAGAUUCCCUGCUAUUGGGAGAAUCAGCCGGGAGGCUGUCUGAAAGCCCACUGCCCUUUUCUUCACUUCAAGAAACGCGGUGGGAACGCACCGACCAUUCCACCAAGCAACGAAGCUGACACAAGUGGCCUUCCUCUGAACAGCGGCCUUGCAGAAAGUCUGGAGAACCAGACAGAGGUUGAGAAGGCACCAGAAAGAGUUGACAUCCCAACUUCCUCCCAUGGCCCGGCUGCAAGAUAACGCAAGCGAUCUGAGGAGAAGGCCAAAGCAAAGGAAUUGCCUUGCAAUAAAAGAGUAAAGAGUGAGCACAAGGAGCUUGUUACAGUGCCUCAGCACAGUAAUGCUGUCACUUAGCAUUGUUCUGUGUCAGAGUUUUCCUUGCCCUGUACUAUUACUGAGUGCAGCUCUUGGGUUUCU